UCCUCUGACACCACAGCAGGACACGGAGCAGGCAGGAAUGGGGGCGAGGGGCUGCCUGGGGCCACUGCUGCUGCUGCUGCUGCCGCCUCUGCCUUCAGCGUGGGCCUGGCUCCAGCCAUCGAUCAUUGGGGGACACGAGGCCAAACCCCACUCCCGGCCCUACAUGGCGUCCCUGCAGUUUGGGGGGGUCCACGCCUGCGGGGCAGCACUGCUGCACCAGCACUGGGUCCUGACGGCCGCCCACUGCCUGGCCCGGGGGACACUGACCAACGGGAGAGUGGUGGUGGGGCUGCACAGCCUGCGGGACCGCGGGGCGGCCACACAGACCUUCCCCAUCCGGGCAGCCUGUCCCCACCCCGGCUACGACCGAGGGACGAUGGAAAACGACCUGCUCCUGCUGCAGCUGGAGGGGACGGUGACGCUGGGCCGGACGCGGCGGCUCAUCGGGCUGUCGGGGCGGGGGCCGGCGGCGGGGACCACGUGCAGCCUGGCGGGCUGGGGGCUCCGCGGGCGCGGGGGGCUCUCGCCCACCCUGCAGGAGCUGGAGGUGAAGGUGAUGGACCCGCGGAUGUGCAACAACAGCCGCUUCUGGGACGGCGGCAUCGCCCCCACCAUGAUCUGCUUCCAGGGGCAGCCCCGGGGCUCGGCCCCCGCCAAGGGGGACUCGGGGGGCCCGUUGGUGUGCGGGGAGCGGGCGGCGGUGGCCGGGGUGAUGUCCUUCAGCGGCCCAGAUGUCACCGACCCGUUCAAGCCACCGGUCGCCACCUCGACCGUCAAGUACAAGAAAUGGAUCCAGAAAACCCUGCGGAGGGGCUGCAAGUCCCCCCAGACCCCAGGAGACUGAGCACCCCUUCCUAUUUA